CAUCACGAUCGACUACCACCCAACCAGACGACGAUGAAGCAAAUCGUAUUGCAGGAAGCGCCCCAGAAGAUAAAACAUAUCCAAUUCUCCGUUUUAUCUUCUCAAGAGAUCGUGGCAUUAUCCGAAUAUGAAUCCACUCAACGUGAUCUCUAUAGCAUGGUUGGAUCGGAGAACAAUGGAAUCAGUAUUCCAGGUGCAAUCGAACCCCUCGUCAAGAAACCCGCCAAAGGUGGCGUCUUGGAUAGCAGAUUGGGAACGUCCGACAAAUCCGGAAUAUGCGGAACUUGUAACGCGAAAAUGGCAGACUGCGUCGGCCACUACUCCUACAUCAAACUCAUCCUCCCGGUAUUCCAUAUCGGUUACUUUCGGGCGGUGAUCCAGAUGCUCCAAGAUAUUUGCAAGACGUGUGCUAGGGUGCUCUUAUCAGAAGAAGAUCGGCGGCUGUAUCUCAUCAAGUUUCGACGUCCCAAUCUUGAGAACCUACAGCGACAGCACCUAGCCAAGCAAGUCAACACUGCCUGCCGCAAGAUUAUCACUUGUCCUUAUUGCGGUGCUACCAACGGUACCGUCAAGAAAGUCGGUGCUUUACGAAUCAUUCAUGAGAAAUUCAGAGCAAAGAAGAAAGCAGAUGAACUAGCGGCGUUCAGAGAUACCUUUAUCACCGCCGUCAAAGAAACUAAAGAAUUAGGACCACACCUUCACAAGGCUCAGGAAGAUAUGAACCCACUCCGAGUACUGAAUCUCUUUCGAAGGAUAACCCCUUCAGAUUGUGAAUUGCUUGGUUUGGACCCUGAAGUUGGACGGCCUGAAGAAUACAUUUGGCAGUACAUUCAUGUCCCACCGGUCUGUAUCAGGCCCAGUGUUGCACAAGAGGCCGCCACAAACGAAGAUGAUCUGACAGUCAAACUAACAGAAAUUAUCUUUACCAAUACCCUGAUCAAAACCGGACUAGUCAAGGGGGUUCCAACACAAAACAUUAUGGAGCAAUGGGAAUUCAUGCAGCUCUCGGUUGCCAUGUACAUCAAUGCUGAACUUCCUGGAGUCCCUUCCCAAAUGGGGGUCAAACCAAUCAAAGGCUUCUGCCAAAGACUGAAAGGAAAAACUGGUCGAUUUCGUGGCAAUCUAUCCGGUAAACGUGUCGACUUUUCUGGUCGAACGGUCAUCAGUCCCGAUCCGAAUCUUAGCAUCACAGAGGUGGCGGUUCCGGAUCGGGUGGCAAAAAUCCUGACGUAUCCUGAACGGGUUACUGCUCAUAACAUUGAUCGGCUACGGCAAUGUAUCCGAAAUGGACCUGAUAUCCAUCCGGGUGCCAACUAUCUUGUGGCAGGCAGCACAACAAACGCAAGCGGAAGCGCGCUCCCCUUCAAAAGAUCUUUAAAAUUCGGGAAUCGGAAUCAUGUCGCGAACACCCUUCGAUUAGGGGACACAGUGGAGAGGCAUUUACAUGAUGGAGAUGUUGUACUCUUCAAUCGGCAGCCGAGUCUGCACAAACUGUCAAUCAUGUCUCAUCGAGCCAAGAUACGACCUUGGCGAACUUUUCGAUUCAACGAGUGUGUUUGCACACCCUACAAUGCUGAUUUCGACGGAGAUGAAAUGAAUUUGCAUGUACCGCAGACUGAAGAAGCCCGGACUGAAGCCACGGAGCUGAUGAAUAUCAAAUAUAACCUUGUUACCCCUCGAAAUGGCGAACCGAUCAUUGCUGCCACUCAAGAUUUCAUUACCGCCUCGUUUCUAUUAUCUAGAAAAGAUAACUUUUAUGACCGACAGCAAUUCAGCCAAAUCCUCCAAUACUUGUCUGAUGCUACCUUACACAUAGAUCUCCCACCUCCGGUAAUUUGGAAACCCGUUCGACUAUGGACUGGCAAGCAAGUCUUUAACGUCCUCAUGAGGCCGAACAAAGAUUCUCCUGUGAAAGUCAAUGUUGAAGCCAAAUGUGCUACACAUCAAAAAGCUGCACCCGAAUAUUUGCCCGACAUGUCGCCUAAUGAUGGCUGGCUCGUCAUUCAAAAUUCAGAAAUCAUGUGUGGGGUAGUCGAUAAAGCUAUUGUGGGUGGAGGAAAAAAGGAUUCGAUCUUCGCAGUCAUCAAUUGUGACUUUGGUCCUGAUGAAGCUGUUAAGGCCAUGAAUAGACUUGCCAAAGUUAGUGCUCGGUGGCUAGCGAAUAUGGGAUUUUCCAUCGGUGUCGGCGAUGUUACGCCGGGUGAAAGACUAUCUACCCAGAAAAACGCACUGGUUGCCAAAGCCUAUAAAGAGACGGACGAACUUAUUCAGCAAUCGAAAGCUGGCAAACUAGAAACCCUGCCAGGGCGCGACUUGGAUCAAACACUUGAGGCUAUGAUUUCCGGAGUUCUCUCAAAGGUCAGAGACAGUUUGGGUGAGAUUUGUAUGGCGGAACUCACAAGGCACAAUGCACCUUUGAUCAUGGCGACCUGUGGAUCCAAAGGUUCCAAGAUUAACGUGGCCCAGAUGGUAGCUUGCGUUGGGCAACAGAUUAUCAGCGGUAAUCGUAUCCCGGAUGGUUUUCAAGACCGGUCUCUUCCCCACUUCCACAAGAAAGCCAAAGAGCCACCAGCCAAAGGUUUCGUCAGAAACAGUUUCCAUUCUGGCCUUCGUGCAACCGAGUUUCUCUUCCAUGCAAUCUCUGGUCGAGAAGGUCUCGUUGAUACCGCGGUCAAGACCGCCGAGACAGGUUAUAUGCAAAGGAGAUUGAUGAAAGCCUUAGAAGAUCUGGCCACUCGUUACGAUGACUCCGUUAGAAACUCUGUGGGCGGAGUCGUCCAGUUUACCUAUGGAGAUGAUGGCUUGGAUCCUACUUACUUAGAGGGAGACGGCGAGCCUGUGGAAUUUGCCCGUACUUGGAGGCACACCAAAGCCACAGUUUCGCACCUUGAUGGACGAGGGCUUCAUCCAUACGAAAUCACCCAAUUAGUGACCGAUGGUCUAGCUCAGCCUCGUUUUACCACCGCUUGCACCCAACGUUUCAGAGACUCGGUCUUGGAUUUCAUGGUUGAGCGGGUCGUCAAGCCUGCUGCGAAUUUCAGACAGAGCUAUGGCAUGUAUCCCGCUCUAGAAUUAGAAGGAGAUUGGGACGAAUACACAGACCUGUCUGCCGGAGUGAGCGAGGCCAGUAAGAAAAUUGUUAUCAAUAAGACGCAAGUCACCCUCAAACAAAUAGAGACAUUCUUGGACCAUUGCUGGAAAAAAUAUGUCAAAGCUAAAGUCGAGCCAGGUACUGCCGUCGGUGCUGUCGGUGCUCAAUCGAUUGGUGAACCUGGAACCCAAAUGACGUUGAAGACUUUCCAUUUUGCUGGUGUAGCCUCCAUGAACAUUACGCUUGGUGUACCUCGAAUCAAAGAGAUUAUAAAUGCUUCCAAACUGAUUAACGGACCGAUCAUCAACGCACCUCUAGUGGCUAAUCACAAUGAAAGGUCCGCCAGAAUCGUCAAGGCCCGGCUGGAGAAAACCUACUUGGGUGAUGUCACAUCUGUUAUCGAAGAAAUGUAUUCCAACGAUUCAAUGUACCUUGGUAUUCACAUCGACAUGGAAACCGUUCAACGCUUGCAGCUGGAAGUCACCUUAGAUUCAAUCAAAUGGUCAAUCAUCAACGCGCCUAAAUUGAAAAUUACUGCUGACCAAAUACAAAUCAUUCCUCGCAAGAAUCGUAUCCGGGUUUAUGUAGAUACCAACUUAGCAGACGGUGAGAAAGUACUACCGUUUUAUCAAAAGUUGAUGUUCCUUCGCCGAGUCCUUCCAGGCGUGGUGAUCAAAGGCCUUCCCAAAGCUGGCCGGACAGUCAUCAACAAAAACAGCAAGAAUGAAUAUGAACUUCUCGUCGAAGGGUAUGGUCUGCUUGAUGUAAUGACCACAGAUGGUGUUGUUGGCACACAUACUAUGCCCAAUCAUAUCAUGGAAGCACAAAGUGUGCUAGGGAUCGAAGCGGCUCGAAACUGUAUUAUUAAAGAAAUCUCGUACACGAUGGACUCGCACGGAUUGAAAGUCGACCCGCGACACAUGAUGUUAUUAGGAGACAUCAUGUGCUACAAGGGAGAAGUGCUUGGAAUCACCCGAUUUGGGAUUGCCAAAAUGAAAGAUUCAGUCCUUAUGUUGGCUUCGUUCGAGAAAACAACCGACCAUCUUUUCGAUGCUGCCUUGUAUAGCAAAAGAGACGCUAUCGAAGGCGUGUCGGAAUGUAUCAUCAUGGGCAACCCCGCAAAUGAUAUCGGCACAUCAGCGGCUUGUUUGGUCUCCGAAGUACCCAAACUUCCACCCAGACGAAAAGUCCUGUUUUAUUAAACAGUCCUCCCAUGUAUAUAACCUGUCCAUGAUGGAAUUUAUUACUCUUUUUUUGUUGCCCCUUUGCUUGCGGUAGGGAGGUCAGAUGGGAAUAAUAUGUAAUGUAUCGUUAUAUCCAUGCCACGCCAA